GUGUGUGUUGAGUGUAUAGUUUAGCAUUUGAAUCCAACAACAGAUGUUUAGUAGGAAUCGCUACAGAAUCGGCCGAAUUAGAUGCGAUCGAAUGGGUAAUUGUUUUGCUUGGCUUAGACCUACUCGGGUCAGGUUCCCACCUCCCAGUAGAUACGGAUUUGAUAAUAGAGUCGUUCCCGAGAUAAAGUCAGAUGCUUUAGUAUUACGUAAAACAGAUUUUUUAAUUGAAAGCAAUAGUUGGGAACACAGGACUGAAAAAUAUUCGGUCACUAAAAGAGAUUAUAAUCAACGACUAGUUAUCAGAAGAGGUUCACUCUUUGAAUUAAAGUUUACAUUUCAACGACAAUACAACCGAUUAAAUGAUGUAAUAAAUCUUGUGUUUACUGUUAAAGAUGCCAAGAGAGGAGAGUUUACUAAAGAAACCCAAAUAGUAGUUCCUGUGUUUGACGACCGAAAUACAUCCAAUCUGUCCAUUGUUUUAGAAGAUGAAUGGAUCGCACGUAUAAUAAAAGUCGAAGGAUUUAAUGUUUCAAUAGAGAUAUCUUCAUCUUCUUCAGCCAUUAUUGGCGAAUAUAAUCUGAGUGUUGAAACAAAGUCAUUAAGACAUGAAGUUUUUCUGCCAAAUCCAGUCAUUGAAUCAUUUUAUAUAUUAUUCAAUCCGUGGAAUAAAAGAGAUUCGGUAUUUUUAAAGGACAGGGAUGCCAGAGAAGAAUAUGUUUUAAGCGAAAGUGGUAUAAUUUGGAGGGGAACUCAUGAGCUAUUGAAGCCAACGCCUUGGCAUUUUGCACAGUUUGACGAUUUGGUUUUAGAGGCCAGUCUGUAUGCACUGUCAAAAGUGGGAAGACUUAAUGUCGUUGACAGAGGUGAUCCGGUUAAAGUGUGUCGACAUAUUUCGGCCAUUGUCAACAGUGUUGAUGAUAAUGGUAUAGUUGUGGGAAACUGGAAGGAAGAUUUCAGAGGAGGUACAGCACCUACAGAUUGGCACGGUAGUCAAGCAAUAUUGUCACAGUUUUAUAAAAACAAACGGCCCGUCAAAUAUGGCCAGUGCUGGGUAUUUUCGGGUGUUUGUGCUACUGUUUGUCGGGCUAUUGGCAUACCAUGUCGUGUCAUCACAUGUUAUCAAUCAGCUCACGACACACACAGCAGUAUAACUGUUGACAGAUUUUUCGAUGAAGAAGGAGAACCAAUCAAAAGUCUUAAUACAGACUCUAUUUGGAACUUUCAUUCAUGGGAUGAGGUUUGGAUCAAACGGCCUGACCUAUCGAUGUCCGGUGCUUACGAUGGAUGGAAUGUUAUCGACUCAACACCUCAGGAGCCAUCAGAUGGACUGUACAGAUGUGGUCCAACAAGUGUGGUGUCAGUGAAAAAAGGAGAAGUCGAGCGACCAUAUGAUGCAAAGUUUGUAUACUCGGAAGUCAACGCCGAUGAAGUCUAUUGGUUGUACUUCGGACACAAACAACCCGUCAAAUUUCUAACACAUUAUACUGAUUCAAUUGGUAUCAAAAUAUCAACAAAAGCUAUUCUGAGGAACACUCGGGUAGACAUCACUGACAACUAUAAGCACAAAGAGAAGAGCGCUGAGGAAAGGGAGACAAUGAUUAGGGCUUUAAGAAUGGCUCGAAACCAAUACUCCAGAUAUUAUCUCAACGAAAAGUUUGAAGACAUUCGCUUCGAGUUCUCUCUCAUUGACGAUGUGGUCAUUGGACAACCCUUUACAGUGCGCUUAAAAAUGUAUAAUAAAAGUAAUAAAGUCUAUACUGUUAAUGCAAUUGUUGGCAUCAGAAGUACAUCAUAUACUGGUGUCACCCGAUCUAUCGUCAAAAAAGAUAGACAAGAAUUACAAGUCGGACCACAAACAGAAGAAGAGCUCAUAAUUGUGGUCACAUAUAGUGAAUAUGAAAAACAUUUGUUGGAUCAAAGUAUCUUCAAUAUCACAGUUAUGGCUAAUGUUCUCGAAACUGACUUUCAAUACUACGCUAUGGAUGACUUUAGAUUACGAAUGCCUGAUAUCAAGAUUGAGACAAUUGGUGACAUUAUUCAAGGAAAGCCUUUCACAUGUAAUGUCUUUUUCAGGAAUCCUUUGCCAAAAUCCUUGACAAAUGGUGUAUUCACUAUAGAAGGUCCCGAUUAUUCAAAUAGAUUACGAUAUCCAUUGAAAACGCCAAUAUUUCCCGAUACCGAAGCUCGUGCAACGUUCCGAUUGGUGCCGAAAACAUCGGGCGAGCGGACAAUUAGUGCCAAAUUUAUGUCAAAUGAGUUGCGAGACGUCGACGGAUUCAAAAGUAUCAAAGUUUCCGCCAAUAUGACAUAA